UACAUGUCUCGUCUAAUCGGUAUGUCUGUUGUGUCGGUUGCGGUGAACACGGCAGAGAACAAGUUGAGGGCGUCGCGCCAGUGAUCACGCCGAGUCGCACGCGCUCAGAUCGUCGGUCCCGAGUGGAUGUCUCUAAGCAAUAUAGCUACGUGAUUUUCGAAAACAAAAAUAGUUAAAUAGAUAACACGUAUACGUAUAAUAUGAUAUAUAAUAUAACAAGUAUCGAUAUUUAGUUGUGUUUUUUUUUGUUAUUUUUUUUUAAAUUUAAAUUUCUAAAUUUAUUUGUUUAAUUGUUAUUUUCGAUUACAAAAUUAUGGAGGAAAUAUUGUUUAAAUUUAACGUCAGUGAUUCGGUCUGUACUUAACGGAUAUCCUGACACCUGGAUUUCCAUUUUGGAUCAAAGUGGUCAAAUGACGUUAUCUUCAUGAAAGGGACAUCCGGACGACGACACCAAGCCCAAUGAGAUCACAAUGUUGCUGACAUUUCUACUGGCAGCCGCGCUGUGGAACUGCAAUUGCUGGUGGAAUGCCGCCAAUAUUUACACUUUCGCCGUGCAACCCGGAUAUUUGGACUUUGACAAUUUACCGGACACGAAUUUCUCAUGCGACGGCAAAGUCAUCGGAGGUUAUUACGCAGACGUGGAGACCGGCUGUCAGAUGUUUCAUGUUUGCACCAUUGGCCAAAAAGCGGAAAUCACCGAUAUCAAAUUCUUAUGUCUAAACGGGACGGUAUUCGAUCAGGAGACCAGGGUAUGCGAACGUUUGGACGAAGUAGAUUGCAGCAGGAGUGAAAGUUUCUUCGAUCUUAACUUGGAGCUGUACGGAAACAACGGAGCGGGCUAUGGGAUUGCACCGGAAGAACCGCCGGAACAGGAACCGGUGCAAUGUAACGUAGACGAAGAAGAGUGUUCCGGGACGCCCGACUACUUCGACGAGGAAAUGACCACGGUCGCGGGGCCAGUAGGCGCGCUGGCGGCCACCGUGGCGGUCACUGCCGCGACGACCACCACGACGACGACCACGAGCACCACGACGACGACGCCGCGGACAACCACGACAAGCGCGGCCACGAGCACCAAGCGUCCGUCACAGCCGAUAGCCAUGACGAGCACGCCGAAACCGACGCAGCAGCCGGCCGUCUCGUAUCCUACAAACUCACCGGAAACGAUAGCGGCCCUGAUAGCACUGCACAACGCGUUCCAGGAGAGCCUCAAGGAACGGGAACAAGGGCCCGGGCCCAAAGGGCAGCAGUCCCAUCACAGGUACCAUCCACCAUCGCCGCCGCCACCUCAACAACAGCAACCCAAACCAUUUACGGUAACCAACUUUCAACCACCCCGACACUUUCCGUCCAAGGCGCCGCAGCAGCAGCAGCAACAAUUGCUACAGCAACAGCAUCAGCAGCAUCAGCAGCAUCACCUACAACAUCAACAUCAACAUCAACAGCAGCAGCAGCCACCACCGCCACCGUACCGACAUCAGCAGCAGCAUCUGCAACAGUCCCAACAACAGCAGCAGCAACAGCAUCCGGUUCUGUUGUCGUCCGAGCGGUUCGGAAACCAAAACUUCCGGCACGGCUUCCAGUUACAAAACGGACCGCCACCGCCACCCGUGGACGAAUCGCCGCCUCCGUCGUCAUACCAACAGCAGCAGUACAACGGAGACGGUGCACAGUACGACGGUAACUACGACGAAACAGUCGCGGCCGUCGGAUUGGGUGACGAAGAGGACGUUGACGACGAAGAGUCUCGGAGGAACUUUGCUCGCGAAGCUCCCGAAUCUUCGGUCUCGGUUUCAGUGCAAGUCAGCUCGUCGUCGACUAAAAACAGUGCCAUCAACCAGCAGCAACAGCAACAGCAGCGGCCAACGCAGGUGGCUGUCGUGGCCGCUGCAGAGUCUGCGACGCCGUCCGUAACCACGACGACGACCACGAUGGCCACGGCUACGGCGGCCGAUCGCCCGUUCACGGACAAGCCGUCACUGCCGCAGCCUCCUCCUGGGGACGACACCGACCCGAACGGUGGAGAUCUAUACGAGGAUGAGUACGAAGAGUUAGAAGGCGACGAAGAGUUCUUCAAGGACGUGCCAAAACUGGGUCAAGACAGGAGACGGAGAUACGCAUUGGGCGGCGCCGGACGAGCGUAACGAUAUGAUUAUGAUAAUAAUAAUAUUAUCGUUAUCGUUUCCAACCGUACGACGCGGGAACGGCCGCCAAAGCCACCGCGAGACGAUCGAACGCAGUUCAAAAUGUUUUUGCUCAAUAGUUUUGCGUCUGUUGUUAUGAUCACGACUAUACUAUACGCGAAUACGGCCAUUUUUUUCUCUUCUCGUCGUCGUUCGUAUAAUAUUCUUUUACGCCGACGUUCCUGAAUCCUACUGCUUCUCCUCCUUAUCAUCUCUCUCUUUGCCACCCUCACUUCCUACUCCACCUCGUCCUACCCACGAAUAAGGAAAAUGUAAAAGUGAUUUAUUUUUUGUUUAUUUUUUUACUUACAUAUUUUAUGUAUUAUAUUAUUUAGACCGAUUUUUUUUACAAUUACGCUAAUGGCGAUUAUAAUAAUAUUAUUAUUAUUAUUAUUAUUAUUAUUAUUAUCAUCAAUUAUUAUUUUUGCAAUAAUUCUGUAAUGUAAAAGAAUAUGUCCCUUGCUAUUCCUUUAAACUGUCGUGUAUAAUCAGGGCUCGGGACUAUUAGCACUUGCGUGUGAGAUGUAGUACUGGUGUAUCAGUUUCAGAUGUGUACCAAUAUAAAAUUCUGCGAAAUCAUUUAAGCUUUCUAUGUUAUAUUAAUACUAUUUUUUUUUUGUCACGGUUACGUUUUGAAUGGAAUAUUUUUCUAGACACUAUGUCUCAUCGAACUGGUACCUAGUAUUAAUUAUUUAUCAUCAUUUUAAAUACCAAAAUGUUUAGAUUUUACAGAAAAAUUAAGUUUGAGGUGAAGCGUACUACGUAUUCAAAUGAUAUAUUUUAAAAUAUGCGCUCAAGUCCCGACCCAUGAUUAUAAUAUUACGAUAUCACACUGCUGACGUCUGUCGUGAGCGAUAUUGUUUUUUCUCUUUUUUUAUGCGAGAGGGGAGGAACGAUUUAAUUUUGUAUACCAUUGUAUAAAUUAAUAAUAUAAAUUAUAUUGUACGAAUGAAAAUAUACAUGUUUCUUUUACACCUAACGCAUAUACGGAUAUUAAAAUAAAAGAAUAUAUAAUAUUUAUAUAAAAUAUGUAAUAUUAUUCCGAGUUAACCAAGUAUAAUAUUUAGGAAUUUUACACACGUCGCGUCGUACGCAUAUAACAAUAUAGUAUUAUAUUGUAAUUUUUUUACGCUUGAAAGCAUAACAAUAUCAUAUAAUAUCGAUGAUUAUUAAUUUUGUGUUUUUCCUCACAUAUGAUGGGUAAUCUAGACUGAUAUAUGUUAUUAUUAUUGUAUACUCGGAUUAUUGUGUUUAGUUUUACGAAAAGCGUGUAAUAUACGAUAUUAAAAUUGCUUAAUCAUUUUUAGUAUAUAA